ACAUCGAGAACCUGCCAAUCCACUCACUCUACAAUGGCUGCUCCUGCCUCGACAAAGCAACCGUCCGUCGAAGAUCUUUCACUGCCGACUUCGGAUCAAUCUUCGACCGAGCAUGUUCCGCGAAAAUGGUAUCACUCCUCGCUUUUCAACGCCUUUGUUAUUGGAGGUGUUGGGUUCAUGGCUCCGGGGCUUUGGAACGCAAUGAAUGAUUUGGGGGCUGGUGGUGCUCUCGAUCCGUUUCUCAUCAAUGCCGCCAAUGCGCUUGUCUUUGGGUUGAUGGGCAUCGUGUGUCUCUUUGGUGGCCCGAUUUCGAAUAGGAUUGGGCUGGCAAAUACUUUGUUUCUUGGUGCCGUUGGAUAUCCAAUCUACAGUGCUGGAUUGUACACGAACAACCGAUUCGGCAACGAAUGGUUCGUCCUAGUUGGUGCCGUUGCAUGCGGUAUCAGCGCGGGAUUGUUCUGGGUUUCCGAGGGCGCCGUGGCUCUAGGAUAUCCCGAGCCCGGAAAGCGAGGCAAAUACAUGAACAUCUGGCUUUGGUUCCGCACUGGAGGGCCACUUGUGGGCGGCGCCAUCGUCCUUGCCCUCAAUAACGACGCUUCUGCCAAAAAGAAAGGAAAAGUCGGCUACCAGACAUACCUUGUUUUCAUAGCGCUUCAGUGCAUCGCCUGCCCUCUCGCCCUGGCCUUGAGUCCGCCUGAAAAGGUCCAGCGAGCUGAUGGAUCGAAAGUCGUCGUGCUAAAAGAAAAAUCGUUCAAGCACGAGUUGAAAGCACUUUGGCGCGUGUCGAAGCGCAAAGACAUUAUGCUUCUCCUCCCCAUCUUCUACGCCGCCUACUUCAAUCAAUACACCGGAAACUUCAAAACGUACUACUUUGGGAUUCGCGCACGCGCACUUAUCGGGUUCACCAGCAAUUUCUCAACGUUGAUAUCAUCACAGCUCAUCAGCUGGUACCUGGAUUACAAGAGACUCCCAGUAAAGAAGCGCAUUCAAUACAGCUUCUUCUACGUCGUUGCACUCCAUGUCAUUGCUUGGGUCUAUGCGUGGGUAGUCCAGGAAAAGCUCACUCGCCACCCUCACGUCAUGGAUUGGGAAGACUCCGGAUUCACCGAAGGAUUCUUCGUAAUCAUACUUUGGGAUUUCUCCAGACAGUCACUCCAGAACUGGCUCUACUACCUCCUCGCUACCAAAACGGACAACAUCUCUGAGCUGAGUCGCUUUUCAGGCGUCCUCCGAGGCCAGGAAUCGUUCAGUCAGGCAGUUGCUUUCGGGCUCAAUACGCGGAAAUGGAAGGGCGGGAGGUUGCCCUUGGGAAUCAACACUGCGCUGCUUGUGCUGGCUAUCUGGCCGACCUGGCUUGUGGUUCGCGAUCAUGCUCCUGUCGAAGCAGCUGGUAGCGAAGAAGAUGGCGGAGAGGAACUUGCAGGGUCUUCUGGUGAAGACGUGAAGAAGAAGUUUGCGAAUGCGGAGUCUGCUGUUGGAAAAGACGUAUGA